AUGACGACAGACAACGGCAAGAGAAAAUUAUCUAAGAUUGAUAAUGUGGCAGCAGCUAAAAAGGCAAAACCCCACCCACAGAGAAAAAAAGAAUUAAUAAUCAAUGCUUUCUUGAUGGGAGCUGCUGGUAACCAGACAAUUGGUAUUUGGAGACACCCCAAUGACAAGUCGACACAGUUAUACCAAACCCCUACGUAUUGUACCGACCUGGCUAAGCUGUUAGAAAGAGGCAAGUUCCACACGGUUUUUCUGGCAGAUGUUUUAGGUCCGUACGAUGUUUACAAAGGGGGGCAGAACUUUGGGCCGGUAGCUAAAACCGGAGCGCAAUGGCCCAUAUCUGACCCAAGUUAUUUUAUCCCCUUGAUGGCUUAUGUGACAUCAAAGUUGGCCUUCGGUAUUACCAUAUCUACCAUUAGUGAGCAGCCCUAUCAUCUUGCCAGAAGAUUGGGAACCUUGGAUCUCAUAACAAAUGGUAGAGUUGGUUGGAACAUCGUAACGUCUUAUUUGGACAGCGCGUCAAGGAAUCUGCUGAAUGGAGAGACUCUUCCAAGCAGCCAAGAACGUUACAAACGUGCUGAAGAAUUUGUUGAAGUCGUUUUAAAGUUGUUUUUGAGCUCUUGGCAGGAUGGUGCUGUGAAGUUGGACAGAGAAAACGGAAUUUUCACGGACCCAGAGGGAUUGAGACAUAUCAAUCAUGUUGGGAAGUAUUUCAAAGUGCCAGGGCCUGGAAUUACAUCACCAAGUCAACAAAAGCUCCCAGUGAUUAUACAGGCUGGAACCUCAUCCCGUGGUAUAGAGUUGGCUGCCAGGAAUGCGGAAGUAAUCUUUUUGGCAUCAUUGACACCAGAAGAUUUGGAAAAAUCUGUCAGGGAUAUCAAAUUGAUUGCACAGAAUAAAUACGGUCGGGAUCCGACUAAAAUGAAGUUUUUGGCUUUGAUAACUGUGAUCUUAGGUGACACGCACGAAGAGGCUGAAAGUCGGUACCUAGAAUAUCUGCGGUACUCUGAUGAAGAAGGUGCAAAGGCAAUGUUCUCUGGGUGGACUGGUGUGGAUAUCGACAAAUUUGGGGAUGAAGAAGUUUUGACGAACGUUGAGCAUCUAGCAGUUGCAUCGGCAGUGAAAAAAUGGCAAAAUGCACAUCCCAGAGUUGAAAAAUGGACAAAAAGAGCCAUAGUCCAGGAAAUUAAAGUUGGUGGUAGCGGCCCCUUAAUUAUUGGGACACCCAGAGAGGUCGCAGAUACCAUUCAGGAAUGGGUUGAUAUAUCUGACAUUGAUGGCUUUAAUUUUGCAUACACUGUGCUACCACAGAGCUAUGAGGAAAUUGUUGACAAGCUUUUGCCUGUGUUGAGAGACCGUGGUCUUGCCAGAAGAGAUUAUCCCGAUACCGACGAAAGAAGUGAAUACCUCACCUUCAGGGAGCAGCUCUUUGGGCAAAAAACUCUCGAUGUUACUCAUCCGGCCUACACUUUGAACUGGGCAUCUGAUGAGUCCAAGCAAGAUUAUGAAAGUCGUUUGAAUAAAGUAUGA